AUGGCACCAGCAGACAUUGGUCAAUCCAGCAUUCAUUUCAAGUGGUCCAAGAAGAUUCCGCCAGUCCUAACCGUGCGGUCGGGUGCCGAGCUUACAUUCUCCAUGCUCGAUGGGCUGAACAACCAAAUCACCCCGGCAAAUGCGUGCUCAAUCGGCGCAAAGGUCGAUUUUUCACAGGCCGACCCUGCCUUUGGUCCCGUCGCCGUCGAGGGCGCCGAACCCGGCGACACCUUGCGCAUCGAUAUCCUGGAGUUGACACCCGCAACCUACGGCUGGACAUGCAUAUUACCGGGCUUUGGGCUGCUCCAAGACGAAUUUCCGGACCCCCACGUCGAGAUCUGGGAUCUCUCGGAGAUUGCGACGAAGCGCCAUGUCGUCUUCAGGCCGGGCAUUCAAGUCCCGGUCAAUCCUUUCCUCGGCGUCAUGGGUGUCGCUCCCCCGGACGACCAGGACUACAGCACGAUCCCGCCCCACCACUUCGGCGGCAAUAUUGAUUGUAAGCACGUCACCGUCGGCGCGUCCUUGUUCUUGCCCGUGCAGGCUCCCGGUGCCCUAUUUAGCUGCGGCGACGGGCAUGUCGCCCAGGGUGACGGCGAAGUGUGUGGGACGGCCAUUGAGACGCCCAUGACGGCCCGGCUCCGACUGACGGUCGAGAAGGGUAAACCGUGGGUGAAGUCCCCAAAUUAUGUCACCAGGCCUCAGCUGGCCGAUACCGAAGCGCGAGGGCAAGAGUAUGCGGUGGUGGGGAUCGAUGCCGACUUGCACGAGGCGACGAGGAAAGCAGUGAGAGGUGCCAUUGAAUGGUUGGUCGCGGAGAAGAGCCUUACACGGGUGGAAGCCUACAUGCUGUGUUCAAUCGUCGGGGACCUGAAGAUUCUCGAGGCGGUUGACAUGCCGCAUUAUGCCGUGGCGAUGGCUGGAUCCACGCAGCUGCGGGCCAUCCAAGAGAGACUGGAACACUUAACAAACGCUAUCGAAAUCAACACAAGGACACGUAUAGCCAACGUGAUUGAGCGCCCCUCCACUGGCCACCCAGAAAGGGAUGUCACAGAACCUCCGUCACCUGCGGCCACUUCAUUGACUCACCUGAUCAGUCAAUCCACGAGCGAGCACAUACCAGGCGAUGUCGCCAUUGAAGCAAUAGAAUGCUACUUUCGCCAUUUCGAUAAUCAGCCAUAUCCACUCCUUUCAAACUUAGACGAACAAAUCCUCCCAACCCCGGACGACCUGCCCCCUGCCGUACUAUAUGCUAUGGUUGCCCUGACACUACCAGCAUGUCAGAGAACUCUCUCGACUGAUGCAGCACUCCGGAAGGAGAUCUACGAUUUCUGCUCUCAAUCAGCGUGGACCUUCUUAUGCCAACAGUACUCACUCUUCGACUUUGACGUGGCAUACUUUCAAGCUCUUUGUCUUCUCGCACAAGCAGACUUUGCGGCGGGAAAAACUGACCGAGCGCGAUCUCAAGUCAGUUUGGGUUUGACCUUGGCUCAAACACAAGGCAUGCUAGGUACACCAGUAGCUAGCAAGCCGAGCAGCACGAUUACACCUGCCGAAUCUGCUAUUGCAUGGACACUGUUCAUGAUGGAUCGAAUUUUCGCGACCGGCAGCCUAUCUAAUCCUUGUCCUUUGUCUGCAUUUCGACUACCUGUAUAUCAAUACGGACCUUGCCGACCCGGAUUCACAAACAACACGUCCAUACCUUUUAUGCUGGGCGAUUCAAUGACCAAGAGAUCGUUUGCAGCUUCGGAGAGUAUAACAGCUGUCACGAUUGAACUGCUAGACAUAUGGCAGGACGUCAUCACGCACAUAUUUCGAAGCCUUCUUACUGAAGUAACGCCUUUCUGGCAAAACGAAUCUUCUCGAGCGAAAAUACAGACACGCUUGCUCGAGUUUGAACUGAGGAAGUUGUCUCUGAGCCUGACUGCCGAAUAUCGAUCACCGACUCGUGUCCUUACAGAACCCAAGUUGCAAAAGUAUUACGCGGCUCGCCUCUUUAUGCAUAUACUUCACACUGGAACGCUAUGUUGCAUGAACCACCCGUUUAUCAUCUAUACCAGCACACAGCACCUGCAGGGUCAUGUACCUUGGUCUUUCCUGCAAAACUCAUAUAAAAUCUCAACAAUCAAUUCCAACUGGAUUGUCAGGCUUAUCGCGGACAUGGAGAAAUCAAACUUAACCCUUCACGACCCGUUUGUAGGCUACCUGGUUGCGAUUGCUGCCACAAUUCAACUGGACAAGUCCAUUCACACAAGCAGUGAGGUCGCGAAACCAGCGAAGCAGAGAUUCGAGAAGUGCCGCGAUUUCGUGAGAAAGAUGGCCGAGUGGUGGCCAAGCAUGGAGAAUACGGCAAACAUGCUCGACCAGCUGCACGCUCGGCUCGAAACAAGGAACACCAUGACCUACGUCGAAGAUGAGUAUGACGGGAUGGCGCCGCCGCGCAGGGUCCGAGAAGUCGCUCUGCCAGAGGAGGACAUGCGCCUCAUGUGGAGCUUGUUCGACUACUCCGCCCUUUCAGGUUCACAGGAGCCCCAUCCGUUCCGUUCGGCUGAUGUGGGUUCCAAUGAGUUUUACAACUCCACGGUCAUAAGUGAAGCACGACAUGAUGACCAAGUCCCAAGCGCAACGUGGGACGACAUCCUUGACUUUGACCUCCAUCAAGAAGGCAUGGAUGACUGGCUCUUGUUUGGGAGGCAAUGGACCACGUAUUAUCCCCUACAUACCGAUAUGUUGCAAUGA